AUGAUGAAUCGCCACACUGGAAAGAAGUUGAAAAAGAAAAAAAAAAAAAAAAAACAGAGAAUUCAAAAGAGGAAAAAGAAUGGAAUAGAACAAGCCAAAUUGGCAUACCUCAGUUUCCUAUGCGAAGAGGAUGACAUAAAUUUCUUUUGCACUUUUGAAGACGAUUGGGAAGAGAAAAAAUCGCGCAGAGAUUCCAACGAAGCAACCCUUGUAUGUUACAACAACUUCAAUACCCCCCAUUCUAAACAUGAUGCCCUGGAACACUCCUACCUCUACACACUAAUCCGAAAUGAGAACUUCACAUGUGAUAAACGGUCUUGCUCAUCCGUAAGAUUUAUUUUCGAUAAGUUAUUUUUGCGCUUUACCAAUUUGGAUGAGCAGUUGCGUAGGGAUAUUUAUUUCGGGAAAUCCUUCCGGAAGGGGAAGAGAAGGAAGAUUAAAGUGGCGAAAGAGAAAACACCAAUGAGGGGUAUCCAAACGGGUGCCUCCAAAUAUUGUGCAAAUAAAAAUCGUGUCUUCCCAGAUAGACCCUAUGCAAACCUUGAAAAGGAAUCUAAUUUAACAGAACGAAGGAUUACAUAUGAAGAUGAUGAGGAUGCCAUCUUUCACCAUUUGGCGUACAGCCAUCUACAGGAUAACCUUCUUCAGUUUUACCUUCCCCCGGGGGGGUAUGCCUGUACAACCUCCCUACGUAAAGACAGAACAACCCCAGCGAACGAAGAUCAACGUCGACAACGCUGUGACAUUGGUGCUGAAUGCUCCAAACCAAAUGAGGCUCCCUUUUCGAGGGGAAAACUAUCCACGCGUGGUGUGAAAAAAAAAAAAAGAGAGAAUAUAUUGUCUACUGCGAAAAGAAAAGGAAGUCACCACGUGGGGGGAGUCACAGAAAGAGUGAAAAAAAAACGGACGGGCUCCACAUAUCCAUUCUCCCUCAACUCCUUCUUCCGCUUGUACAAUUACUCCUCCAGCGAAGAUAGCCAUAUGUCCUUUUCGAAAUUUUUACCUGACCAGUUCAGAAAAAAAAAAAAAAAUAAAAUAAAUGAAAAAAAAAAUAAAUUCCCCGAGACAACUUCACCAGACCGGAAGAAACCACACAAGAUGGAGCUACAGAACGACGCUACUGCUAUUUUUGAUGAAAUCAUACAACUUUGUAGAAGGAAGAAAAUAUUCCGUUUUAAGGAGCAAAAGAGGAAGUACGCUAGGAGGUGUAACGGGGCCCACUUGAAGGGAGAGCCAACUGUUUUUCCAGCGGAGUUAUCCGAUGAUGGAAAAAUGGAUCACUCAUAUACUACUUGUAACCGGGCCUUGAAUCCCUCCACUGGUAGGAAUCUUUCGGCUUGUCCUAUUAUGAGUGGUUUUCAUGAAGGAUUUCGAAAUCCUCAUAUAAGAGCACAUAUCCUUGUAAAGGGUGCUACACCUCAUGCCUUCCACUUGAUGAAGAAAAGAAGUUUCAAUGAAAGUUCUCCUAUUGUGGAGAGGCUCUCAGAACAGAGCGCAAAUUCGAAGACAGCCAAAGUAUGCAGGCUAGGUGCUCCCCUCCCUACUCCCACUGUUCUUCAUCCAUCCCAUGUUAGACACCAUAGGGAUUAUGCCUCCUCCAUUGUAGCGUCAAACUGUGCAGAGCAGAGGGAGGAGUUGACUGGCUUCCAAAAUCUCAUGAACGCAAAAAGAGGAGAAGAAAAAAAACAGAUAAAAAUGGAGAUCUUGGAAGGGUUAAACCAAAGGAGUUAUGACCCUGGGCACCUUGAAAGGAUGGUUAGUAGUAAAUGCUUAAACAUAGGAAAAGAAAGAUUGAGACAUACAUUGAAGAGAAAUGUAGAGAUGAAACUAGUUGGAGAGGACAAUAACCGAAUGAAGAAGAAAAAAGAACCCAUUGGUGAAUUAAGCUGGUUGAAAAAAUGGGCAUCUGCAAGGAAAAUACAUUUUUCUUCACUCUAUAUGGAGAAAAAGUACGAAAUAAUUGUUCAGCUGUACAGACAAGAAUAUCCACUCAAUGAUUUUUACUUAACUUACCUUUAUGUGAUGGCAUUAAUGAAAUUGAAAAGGUAUGCCCUUUGUUGGGAGUACCUCUUAAGCGUUACACGCAUUCGGGAGGUACAUGGAGCAACUACCACAGAUAGUUCAAUUAGACCAAUCAACGGAAUCGACGCAUGGCUCGUUCACUUCCUCUGGGGCAAGCUAUACGAGAAGCUACUGAUGUAUAGGCUCAGCGCGGUGGAGUACUUGAAGGUGGUACUUCACCACAUGGGGAAAUCUAUCCCUAGUUUGCACACACGGCUACGCCCAGAAGCAGUAACAGGUGCAUCUCAUACCGGUAUUGGAGACAUACAAGCAUUCAUUCUUGUCUGUCUGGACAAACUGAUAGGGACGGGUCAAUUGAAAAGGAGAGAGGAGAUCACGACACUCAAAUUCGUCCAGAUGAAUUGCAGCUUGGGAAGAAUACUUAACUUUUACUUUUGCAAAGUUGGUUCCGAUGUGGGGUUCAUACAGAACCCAAAUGAUUACACACACACGCGGAAGGACGAUGUAACGUUUGGGUACCCAUCACACAGGAACAGACAUAAGAGCUGUGUAGGACCGGUGAGAUCGUUGCGCCCGCCUCCCUUCUGCAGAGAAGGAGUUGUCCAUGAGGGUUCUCAUGCCCUUUCCACCAGUGACCACGUAAAGGGGGAAUGGAUAUCGAAUGAUAGCUACAUCUAUGAUCACUUUUCCAAUACUAAGCGUAAUUGCAUUCAAUUCUCCAACGCCUGGAAAGCGACCUCGCCUUGUCCAAGUGAGCAAAUCGAGCGGAUGAGAAAUUCAGCUGUGGGAAAGCGGAAGGGAAGGGGGUACCCCCAACAGGCGCCUCUCUGGCGUGAUCACCGUCAACCUGGGGAAGUUCUCCUCAGUAUCCCCCGCCAUCACAUGCAUGCGCAAGGGAAUAUAAACAUAAGGAAAUCCUACCAAGGGGUAGAGACAAAACAGAACGAGAGUUCUCACCAUGGGGGAAUUUCCCACCCCGGGAGACUGCUCCAAAUGGGUACAGAUGUAAAUAGGAUGAUUCACCUAAAUGCUAGUAACUUCCUCAGGGGAGAUACCAGCGAGAGUGAUGAGCUACUCGGAGGGAGAGAAAUGAAUAUCAUGGGGAGGUACAGUUUACGGAGUGAAACUUUUAUGGGUGGACACGAAGUAGAGGACCUGUCGCAGAAGCAAUUUCUGGUUCAUUUUAAUUUUCUCCUUCGAAAUGGGCACUUCGUAUCUUCUCACAGGGUCGUACUUCCCCACUACGAUGAUUUUUUCGUUUGUCUCUUUCGUGUGUAUUUUAGCUCUACUUCCAAGUGGUUAAUAAAGAGGGCUAUGAUAUGGGGAGGGAACGCACCAUCAAAUAAGGGCGCAUUGAAAACGGCACGGAGGAUAGGAAUGAGAUUGAAGCUUAUUGAUGUUUGUCCUGUGGAUGUAUUUUCAAGAAAAGAGGACAGACCAAUAUGUUACGAAGAAAUCGUUCCUGCAGUUGGAAAGCAGUCUACGUCUAUGUAUUGUGUGGACCAUCCGUUCUGGUCUGGAAAAUCGGCGCGAAUUGAAAAACUAACCCUACCAGAUCUCCUACACAUCAUCUGGUUCUGUCACAAACAUUUCGAUUUUGUGAAUGCAUACUAUUUAAGUGAGUAUGCCUUGCGGAGAGAAAAUGCGUUGGAAGAAGAGGAUAUCAUCCUUCUGUUCGUAACGUCAAUAACAAGUAUGCAUAGCGUUGUAUAUACUAGCCAGGAGAAAACUGAGCGUCUUCUCCAACUGUACAAUGCGCGGACAAGCCAUACUUCGUGCAAAGCCAUACAGUACAACCAAGGUGGAAAACAACAUUAUGGGUACAUGAGGGACCACCUUGACUACUACCUACAUGGUGUUAUUGCACUUCUGAAGGAAGACUACGACCAGGCACUUCUUUAUCUUAAAAAGUGUGUAAGUGCAAAGGGGAACUUCUUCCUGGCGUAUGUAUACAUCCUCCACAUACUCUGCUCUUCACCAAAGGGGAGUACCCUUAAUUCCAGAGAGAAAAAGAAGAUUUUUCACCAUUGUCUGCAGUUAAAACCGUUUAGCUUGUCCCCCUACUUAGUGUACUGCUCCUGUGUACUGAAGAAGCUCCAGUUAGACUUAAAUCACGAAAGAGAGAAACGCGGGAAUGAGAAAAGGAGGAAAGAAAAACUGCUCAUCGAGUCAACAACUUUUUUGAGGGGCAUAUUUUUCGAAGCAAUGCACCUUGAUAAUAAAAAUCCAUUUUUGUACAACGAGUUAUUUGUUUAUCAUUUUUUACGAAAAGAUUUUAUCCAAUGCAAAAUAGUACUACGCAAAAUGUUACUCAUACAAGACAUUUCUACUCCCUGUUGUAGUUAUUUCCCUCUUUCCGUUGUCCUCUACAAUUCUAGCGUUUUUUAUUUUUUGUGUGAAAAUCACCUGAACAAGUCAGAAAAAAAAGUUAUUGAAAUUCUACACAAUAAUCCCUUUGAUAUAAAAGCCUUGAACCUUUUAACUUUUCUUUUGUUUUUAAAGAAGGAUAAGUACUGGACGCGCUUCUUCGAUUAUUCUAUGUAUGUAGAGAGGAGUCUCCUUUCGCGGAACCUGGAGGCAAAACCGACAUACUUGUGCCAAAACUUUUUCAAGCGCCUUAGGGAGACGCGGGAUUUGGGACUGCUCGCCCGGUACUACGCGUCGCUAAACCUCGUGCGUACGUCUUUCCCAUUCGUACUCAAUUAUAUCCACACACGUUACUCGGCGUAG